GUAGUUCUUUUGAAUUUUUGAAACUGAAGUGUUUUAUAAUAGUUUGUUUUUUAAAAAGUAUUCAUAAUAUGAUCUAUUCUUUUGAUUCUCUACUUUUACUUGAAAAUUAAUAACAUGGGCGACAACAACAACAAAAAAAGAGUCACUGUAAAACACAAACAUCCUAACCCUCUUUUUGAGCAAUGGUUAAUAGAAUGGAGGGAUAAAGCUAAAGAGAAAGAUUCCAAAAUGCAGUACUGUUUUUCAAUGGCUUUAAGUACGUUGAGGAAGUAUCCUUUACCCUUAGAGUCUGGAAAAGACUGUAAAAUUCUCAAAGGUUUUGGUGAGAAACUGUGCAAAAUGUUAGACGAUAAACUCAAACAACAUAAGGGUGAAAAUAACGUCGCUACUUCACAUAGAGUUCCUUCAGUAAAUAAAGUGCAAUCCAAUGUAAAACAAAAACCGAAACCAAUCAGUCCAGAAAAAAAGACUCAUAAAGAAUAUAUCCCUCAACAUGGAUCAGGAGCUUUUGCAAUAUUAGUAACAUUAUAUGAAAAAAGUACAGAACCUGGAUACCCUGGAUACUUAUCAAAAAAGGAAAUUAUUGAAAGUGGCCAACAUUUAUGUAAUGUCUCAUUCACAAAACCUGGACCAGACUCAAGAUAUACUGGAUGGUCAUCUAUGAAAACUUUAUUAGAAAAAAAUUUAGUAACAAAACAAGGAAAUCCAUCUAGGUUUACUCUUACAAAUGAUGGUUCAACCUUGGCUGACAAGUUAUACAUUCAGCUAAAAGUAGAAGAAUUUCAUAAACUGGAAGAAAAAGAAGAAGUAAAAAUUACUCCAGUGAGUUUAGGGUGUAGUGAUGAACCAUCAACUUCUGGAUUAGGUAGUGAUGUAAUUACACUUCCAUCAUGUUCUGGAGUUUCCACCAAACAAAGAAAACAUACAGACUUACCAAAAAAGAAAAGUGAUCCAAUUUGGCGACAAACAUCAACUAAUAGUACGUCAAGUCAGAGUAGUAUAGCUCAUGAAACUGUGAUAUUAGCACCUAAUAGUUUUGAAAUUAUUCUACUAGUAGACAAUCAAGAGUUGAAUGGGAGUAAAAUGGAUUUAGAAAAUGAUCCGAUAAUUAGGAGCCUGAAAAACUUAAACAUACUACAUGAAGUUAGAGAUCUCAAAGUAGGGGAUUACACGUGGAUUUGCCGUGAUAACUGUGGUAAUGAAGUGAUUUUACCUUACAUUGUUGAAAGGAAGAGAAUGGAUGAUUUUGGCAGUAGUAUUAAAGAUGAUCGAUUUCAUGAACAAAAAUUCAGACUGAAACAAUGUGGAGUUCAGAAUUUGAUUUACUUGAUAGAAAGUUAUGGAAAAAAUGAACAUGUGGGUCUUCCCAUUAACACUUUGUAUCAAGCGGCAAUUAACACUUUGGUUCAUGAUGGUUUCAGUGUAAAGUUUACAGAAAAUGGAAAGGCGUCAUGUGAAUAUUUAGCUUGUAUAACAAACUUCUUGGUAAAUAUUUUUAAGAAAAAAACAUUGGUAAGCUGUCCAAAAGAAGAUUUGCCACUGUUAAAUCUUGAGGAUGAUUUAAUCCACUUGAUGUUGUUCAAAGAAUUUAAUAAAAGUUCAACAAAAUCAAGACACUUUAAAGUAAAGGAAAUGUUUGUAAGACAUCUUUUACAAAUCAAGGGAAUGUCUGUUGAUAAAGCGCUUGCCAUAGUGGAAAAAUAUCCAACACCCCUGCUUCUAAAAUUAAAGUAUGAUGAAGUUGGAAUAAUUCAAGGAGAAAAGUUACUUUACAGUAUCCAGUAUGGAACUUUAAAAAAGAACGUUGGUCCAGUUUUGAGCAAAACAGUGUUUCAAUUUUUUACCAGUGAUUGUUAUUAAAUCUUGAAAAUAAAUCAGUUGAAUUCGCA